AUGGAAUGGGCCAAUUCCUCUCAUCAAGAGGCUGCUAUGCUUCUCCUUGACUUCGAAAAAGCCUACGACAGAAUUGAGUGGGACUUCAUCUUGAUGAUGCUAAAAGCCUUUGGAUUCCCUGAUAUCUUUUGCAAGUAUAUUCAAAUUCUUUUAAAAGAUGCUUCUGCCAUGAUUGAUGUCAAUGGAUCCCUAACCAAUCCCAUUCCUUUGUCUCGGUCUAUUCGUCAGGGUUGCCCUCUUGCUCCUGCUCUUUUUGUCAUUGCUUCCGAUGCUCUUCAUUAUAUCCUUAAAGAUGACACCAUCUCCCCUAAGGUGUGUGGUAUUACUCUUCCUAAUGACUCCGAGCUCCUCAAUAUUCAAUUUGCCGAUGACACUUCUCUCUUUCUUGAGCUCAGUUUUGACAACCUAAUCUGCCUUUGUAAUAAACUUGAUAUGUUUGGUAAGGCUUCUGGAGCUCGUAUUUCCAGCUCCAAAUCCAUUAUGCUGGGAUGGAGUGAUCAUCCUCCGGACUGGCUUUGCCAAUUCGGUUAUUCCUGGGGAGGACCUAACCAAAUUGUUAGGUAUCUUGGUAUCCCCUUUUCUGUUAAGCCUUCCCUCAAAGAUAUGUGGUUAUGGAUAAAAGACAAGAUUUUCAGAAAACUUAAUAAAUGGAAUCAUAGACUCUUAUCCCUUGCUGGAAGAGUCCAGGUUUGCCAAAAGAUUCUCUCCUCCUAUAGUAUAUAUUACUCUUCUGUCUGGAUGUUUAGUAACUAUCAGAUCUUGGAAAUUCAAAAAGCCAUCAGGCACUUUCUUUGGUCAGAUGGCAACGGUUCUAGGAAAGCCCAUUCUGUUAAAUGGGACUGGUGCCAUCUAGAGAAAAGUCUCGGAGGGCUUGGUCUUAAAGAUCUCAAACUUCAAGGAAUGGCUCUUGCUUCUAAAUGGAUCCUUCAAUCCCUUGUUGGUGACCAGCCCUGGAAAGUUCUUGUCAGAAAUAACAUUCAGAAUGGAGUGCCUAAAACUGCUAAAUCUUGGAAACAUCUCCCCUUCAGUGAUUUGGUUUUUGGCAAUUUCCCCAUAUCUGUGAAGGGAACUUGGGUUUUCCGUUCCUUAUGGAAAGCAUGGGAGAACAUUCGACACUAUAUUGAUAACUCAACCUUUGAUUAUCAUUAUACUCUUCAAGGUGAGCGAUCAAUAUGGUGGAAUCUUCUCCAUCAAGGUAAACCCCUUGCUUUGACUAAAGGCUGUUCGGCUAAAUUUUGGGCCAACAAGGGUGUUAAGUAUAUCAUGGAUAUCCUUGAUCACAAUCAGCUCAUCAGUUGGGAAGACCUUGCUAAUCAAUUUGAUAUCCUUUAUUCUCAUAAGCGAACGUAUAACCUCAUCAAAAUGGCUUGUUCUCACCUUAAUCUCCCCCGUAAUACUGAUGUGGAUUCUCACCGAUUUCUCUCUUUUAGGCGGCAGGAUGGUACUCACCUCUCUUCUAUCAAAGCUAAAGAUAUAUACCGAUUUCUUAACCAUGAUACCUCUGUUUCUCAACAUCUUAAUGUCAUUUGGUACUCUUCCUUUUCCUCCUCUGAUUGGCAUAAAAUGUUUGAUAAGCUCUGGAAAGCUCCUAUUCCUCCUAAAAUUCAAUGCUUUAAAUGGCUGCUCCUGCUGGACAGGCUGCCCAUUAGAAACCAGCAUGCCACCCUUGAUAUUUGUUCUAUCUGUAGAGUUCCUGAAACUAUGAGACAUAUAUUUUUCGAUUGUUCCUUUGCCCGUGAAGGUUGGCUCAUGUUUGGUAUUUGCAUCACUCGCUAUGUUUAUACUUUGGAUAUUAUUACUGGUUUUAUUGAUGGCCUUAGAAAAGAUACUAACUUAUUUUGGCAGGUUCUCUCAUCUUUCAUCCUUUGGCAUAUAUGGAAAUUUAGAAAUGAUUCUAAGUUCCAAGGUUUUACCAGAUCUCUUACUGGAUUUCAUAGAAAUCUCAUUUAUUUUAAAAUUGCCUCACAGGUCUGCUGCGUGCUCAACCUGGAAAAAAGGAAGUUGCUCAGAUUUUUGCGUGAUGGUCGGGCUACAAUGUUUAUAUAUGAGAUGCAGAAUGGUUAUGAGUUAGCUAGUGUGCUGGACAACCAGAUGGCGUUUGAUGAAGCCCUUGCCAAGCUCAUGCAGGAGAUCCAAAACAGCAAAAACCCCUCUGUUGAUAACCUUCAGGUCUUUCAUCAACUGCUGGAACAGAAAAAGGCUAUCUGGAUGGAGGGACCCAUUGGUUGGACAUCCUGGGUCAACAAAUUUGAAGAUGUUUACCCGUAG